UUUUGAUUAUCAUCUCUCUUCAGAACCAAAACAAGCGUGUUCGAAAUGGCGCUGUCCAGCAGCCGAAAUUUCUGCACGUCCUUACUGCGGACCGUUCGCGCACUCGGCGCCGGCACUCCGUGGUCAGCGACUCGCAAUCUGCGUUCUGAUGCGACGCGUCUGAAGCCCGUGACCAGCUCCCCGCCGGUGGCACCGCGGCUGUCCGUCGUCGAAGGCAGCGUGGUCUCUCCGUCGAACGAUGUCGAAGAAACGAGGCGCGUGUUGGAGAGCGUCAACGCGCAGAUCGCCGAUGACACGACGGGUCGCCUCUUUGCGGUCGUUUACAUUCACGGCAAGCAGUUCAAGGUGACCCCGGAAGACCUGGUGCUCGUUCAAGCCGACAUGCCGGUGGACAUCGGGGACUCGCUGCGCCUUGAGAAGGUGCUGUUGGUCGGUGCUCGCGACUUCACACUCCUAGGCCGGCCUCUGCUUCACCGCAACCUCGUUCGUGUCGACGCCACCGUCGUGGAGAAGUCAUUGUCCCAAACAAAGCGAAACUUCGUCUACAUUAAGCGGAGCCGUUAUGAGAGACACCAUUUUUACCGAUACCCGCAGACCAUACUGCGCAUCAAUUCCAUUAAGCUGCUCCGAGAUGUAAAUGCACCUACAGAUGGCGAGGACAGCUCUCGGUCACGCUCUUCAUACUGAGCAGAGUGCCUGCACUGUGCCCUGAAUCUGUUGACGCAUCAUUUGAUAAAAGGAAUCGGUGGUACAGAACAGUUAGUGUAAUUUCUGCCCUGUGCAUGCCAGGGUGCUGAAAAAUGGGCAGAGGUAAAAAAAGGAAGGCCAAAGAAAUACUGGGAGGUUAACUACAUAAUUUCAAUUGGCUACCCUGUACUUGGGAAGGCGAAAGUGGGUGUUAAAGAUUGAACAAGAGCAUGAUAGCACUAAAAAUGCGGCAUAUACUUUGACAAUGACACGUACAACUUAUAACCUAUUCAAGUUUUCCGUUUGCUUAAGCCCUUGAGUUGCAGUGCCGUGAUUUCUCGUGUUACUAAUUUUUGAAACUAGGCACUGCUCUAAAACUUGAACCACGCAAUCAGAAAAUCGUACACGAUGCCUAUGCGUUUUUCUGGCAGUCACCCUCAUACCUCUGAAGUUCAGUGUGCAGUAUAUGAUUAAGGAUAUGCAAGCAAGACGCAUGAAGUUUUGUGCACAUAAAAAAAAGCAAAGCAUCAAAACUAAUUGAAAAAUGCAGGCAUGCUUAUACUUCAUUGUAGACGUAGAUGAUGUAAAUAUUUAAGCCUAAUUAAAGCUAUAUGAAGUGAA